CAGAGAUGAGCGUCACGGAGUAUAAAUAGCUGGGGGACCUGGACGGAUUUUCACAGGUUGCUUAACACCCAUAAGGACUAGUCGCUGCGACCACUGGCUCUCCCACAGUUCACCAUGAAGAUCCUUGCUGUUGCAUUUCUGCUGAGCUACUCUGUAGCGGUGAUGGGCGAUGCUUUUGGCAAAGAGGGAAUCCUUGGACUACGACAGGGUUCCUCGAGCGGCCGUACCUUCUCCAGCGGCGGUUCCUUCAACAGCGGCGGCGGUGGCUCCUUCAGCAGCGGCGGCGGUAGCUCCUUCCGCAGCGGCGGCGGCGGAGGCUCUUUCAGCAGUGGCGGCGGCAUUGGCGGACUCCAGGGCGGCGGUCAGACGGUCACCACCAGACGCAUCGUCACCCCCUCCACUGGCAGCGGCCGUGGCUCCUUCAUCAGCGGCGGAGGUAGCUCCUUCCGCAGCGGCGGCGGAGGCUCUUUCAGCAGUGGCGGCGGCAUUGGCGGACUCCAGGAAACGAUGACCCGCGAGGAGUACAGACCCGCGACUGCGGUGCUCACGCCGCCCAGAAUGAAGUGCCGCUGCCUGCGCACGCGCAGUAUUUUCCAGAGGCUGCGAGCCCGAUGCGGUCUAGCCAUGCAGCACGCGUUCCCCAACGGCUGA